AUGGCGUCUCUGAGCAGCAAGAAAACCGCCGCAAAAAAUGCCAAUACCUUGAAGGAAUUGCACGUGAUUUCGCUCGCGGUCAACGUGCUUGUGCUACUUGCACUUUUCGUGUUCAAAAGACCAGCUAGCAAGUGGAAGUAUGUUUUGUUUUCAACCCCUGCUUUUGCAUGUCAGUACGUCCUUGAAAAGAGCGGAAGACCGGUGUUCUCGAAGGAUCUGGUCACGGGGACCCAGAGACUCGUAAAGUCGGGCGAUGAUAUCAAGGGUCCCGGCCUCUUUGAGUAUAUGUUCUACUGUAUCUACAUCACGUGGCUCUGUGACGUGCUCAUGCUUGUUUUUGGCUCCAACAAGGUGUGGCUUUUAUACCUAGUGAUUCCAUUCUACGGGGCUUACAAAGUGAGCACCAUCGCCAGGUCAUUCAUGGGAAAUAAGUCUGCUCCAGGCCAGCCGGUUCCAGCGGAGGAAAAGCCUUCUCAGCUGGCGAAGAGUAAAAGACAGGCGAAGUUGGAAAAGAGGGGUCAACAGUCCCAGCGUGUCAGAAUGAGAUGA